AUGCCCGCCGCCAAGGAACCACUACCCCUGAUCCUCAAGCAUCAUCCAAAAUUCAUCUUCUUCACAGAUUUCGACGGCACCAUUACAAACCAAGAUAGUAACGACUUCUUGAUCAACAAUUUUGGCCACGGGCCUUUGCGGCGCAAGGAAGUCUUUGACGACAUUCUACACGAGCGUCGCACUUUCCGGGAUGGGUUCAAGGAGUUACUGGAUGGCAUCCAAUUGCCCCUCUAUAAGUGCAUCGCCGAAUUGCUGGAGAACAUUACGCUAGAUGAAGGUUUUAAGGAGUUCUAUGCUUGGACGCAUGAGCAUAAUAUUCCAGUCAUCGUCCUCAGCGGAGGGAUGAACCCUAUCAUUCGUGCUUUGUUGGCGCAUCUGAUCGGUGAGGACGAAGUCAAGACGUUGCCAGUACUGAGCAGUAAUGUUGUUGCGAGAAGCGGAAAGAACCUCGACGAGGAAGGAGGCUGGGAAAUCGCAUACCGUGAUGAUAGUUCCUACGGCCACGACAAAUCAUUGCAAAUCCAACCUUAUGCAGCUCUACCAGAUGGGCAGAGACCAACUCUCUUCUACGCUGGAGACGGCGUCUCAGACCUCUCUGCGGCUAGAGAAACGGAUCUACUCUUUGCAAAGGAAGGCCGGGAUCUCGUCACUUACUGCCAGAAAGAGAAUGUUCCAUUUACAACGUUUCGAGACUUCUCUCAAAUCCUAGGUAUCAUGAAGCGCAUUGUAUCAGGGGAUGUCAGUGUCAAAGAUGUUGCUGAUGGGAAGGCAUGA